UGCGUGUGGUCAGCAGCUGAUAGCACCGAGCGCCACGCCAGGUGGCGCUUCACAUUGCAAUUUGCUGCAGCAUGAAGAUCGCUAGUACCGUCGUUUUGCUCACAGCGUCGGCGUCGGCCAUCCACGUCCGGAGCGCGUCAACCGCUCAAGUAAGCGUCUGGGGCCAGUGCGGCGGCAAAAACCACAACGGCGACACGACGUGCGCCAGCGGCAGCUACUGCAAGGUCAUCAACGAGUGGUACUCGCAGUGCCAGCCCGGCGGCAACGGCCAAGUCGGCGUCUGGGCCCAAUGCGGCGGAAACGACUACAAGGGCGCCACCCAGUGUACGCCCGGCAACACGUGCAAGACCUGGAACGCCGACUACUCGCAGUGCGUGCCGAGCAACAAUGACGACAAGAAGGACGACACUGGCGCUGCGUUGCCCGCGGGCUGGCUCGAGCUUGCGGGUCUCAAGUGGACGCUUUUGGACAACGACCUGGCGACGACGGGCGACAAGAGCUUCGCCGACUGCGUCCAGUCGGGCACCAAGCCCGCCAAGGACGGCACGACGCGUUUCUUCGCGGUCUGGGACUCGACCAAGAAGGUCUGCAACGUCGCGUCGACGGUGUACACGUACGAGAUGGCGCCGGGCUUUACGAGCGCCGUCAAGUACAACGCCGACAAGUACGUCUGCGUGGCCAACGCCGACUACGCCAACGACGAAGUCAACACGUUCCAAACUCGCUUCAACCGGUGCUUGGACUCGUGCGACAACCUCGGCGACGGCUGCAACGGCGUCACGUACGUGCGCGAGGCCUCGUCCGGCUACGGCAAGUGCUCCAUCAAGCUUCGGAAGGACACGUCGGCGUCGCCCAAGACGACGAGCAACGGUAGUAUCGCCUGCAAGCGUAAGUAAAUCUCAACUUGGCGGUUAUGUCUGUCGUUCGAGUAUACAACUGUGUCUCAGGGUGUCAUCCGUCUGUGCGAUGGCUCGAAAUGCAAAGCCAUGCAGCAGGACUCGUGGCCGCGGGGCUCGAUCGGAGCAGUUAGUUGUCCUUGGACGCAACACGAAGAAAUUAGCAGUCGAAGAUGGUCAUUGUUACUUGGU